GUCGGUAUGGCUACUCUAUUCCUCUAUGCAAUUUACUUCACGCUGGAGAAUAUGGCAGGAGAAAAGCUUCCUUCCUUUCUCUUACUACUUCAAAUUCAAGACUGUCCUUUGCUUGGUGAACACUACAAGAAGAAGAGUUGCAGCUAAACUCUCUAUGAAGAUUUUCCAGGGGCAUGAAGAGAUACAUAACUGCUAUGGUCAAGGAACUGCUUUCUUUAUGGGUUCAACCAAUAAAAUGUGCAUUAGACCUCUUAUCUGGCAAUUGCAACUUGGGGAGCAUGUAGGUAAAAAGGAAUGCAACAAUGUUGAACACAUCAUUCUGCAUUUAUCAAGCAGGUUCUGAUAAUUUUCCUUUGUGUUAGGCCCAAGCAAACAUUUUUUGGAGAGUCCCUCUACA